CUGAAAAGAAGCAGAAGCACUUCCAAACACCAUUAGAAAUGAAAUGAAGAUGAAGUAGGUUCCACCUUUCUGAUUCUGGGUUGGUUCGCUGCCUGGCCCUGCUCAUUUGCCAGUCUCAUUCAUCUCUGGCGAUCUUCAGACAGCGCGGUCGGCGCCUCCACCCAUCUGCUUGUUCAGUUUGCUUCGGAGCACCACGGUUCUACAUUAGUGGUACAUAUACAUAUAACAUUAUAAUUCCAUUUUAUGGUAAUUCAGAUGCUUUCUAAAUAGAAAAAUGCUUGAGGUAUUUUGUGUACCGCAAAACUCUUCUAAAUAUACCGCGAGAAAUGUUACUUAAACACUGUUACACAUUCAAUUAAUUCGAGCAGAGGAUGGUGCUACGAUUUCGACCCCUCUUAUUCUGGUCGACAUUGCUUUGCAUUCGGUUGAUCAGCAGAUCAGUGGUAUCUCUCCCUUCCAGAGAUUUCCUUGGAAUCUCUCCUCAAGAUGAGCAGUACUACAGUGGAUUGUCAUCCGGAGCUGCUAUAAAAUGCAAAAACGGAUCUAAUAAAUUCAGUGUGGCUCAGCUCAAUGAUGAUUUCUGUGACUGUCCUGAUGGCUCCGAUGAGCCAGGAACCUCAGCAUGCCCCAGUGGCAAGUUCUAUUGCCGAAAUGCUGGACAUACACCCCUUCUUAUAUAUUCAUCAAGGGUUAACGAUGGUAUCUGUGAUUGCUGUGAUGGGAGUGAUGAGUAUGGUGGCAAAACAAAGUGCCCAAAUAUGUGCUGGGAGGCUGGCAAGGAGGCUAGAGAUAGGUUAAAGAAAAGAAUCACAAUAUAUCAGAAAGGUGUUAUUAUAAGGAAGUCGGAAGUUGAAAAGGCAAAACUGGAAAUUUUGAAGGAGGAAGCAGAAUUGGUGAAACUAACAAAAGAGGAGAAGAUACUUAAAGAAAUAGUUGAGCAAUUGAGGGAGCACAAGGAACAGAUAGAAAAGGCCGAAGAAAAAGAACGAUUGCAAAGAGAGAAGGAAGAGAAAGAAAAGAGAGAAACUGAAGAAGCUAAGUUGGAGGAUACCAAAAUUGAGAAAAACCAUGAGGAAGCUGUAAACAUGAAAGAUGGCCUCCGUGAAGAUAUCCCCUCAGAGAAAGCUCCUUCUGUAGAGAAUGCGAUAGAAGAUUAUAGCAGUAAAGUGGACAAAGCUGACAAUAUUGACACUUCAGUAAUGGAAGAAACCUCUCGCAAUGAAGCUGAGAGGGUGGCAGAGGACUCACACAAGCAUGCCAUGAUAGAGGAGGAUCUGUCUGCAGAUGAUGAUGGAUCUGUUCUUAGAAGCACCAAUGAGGUGAAAGAUGAAGCUGAAGAUACUGAAUCCUUGUCAAAGGAAGAGUUGGGCCGUGUAGUUGGUUCUCGUUGGACAGGAAAAAAGAAUGAGAAGGAAUCUGGAGAGGACAAGACUAAUAAAGAUUAUCACGGUGACGAUGAUGAAGAAUACAGUACAUUUGACUCAGAUGAUGAUACUGAAGACCAAAUGGAUGAACAUGGCGAGGAAGAUCACAGCGAUUCAAAUUCAUCCCCUUUAUUAUCUGAUGAUGAAGCUGAAGAUCAAGGGGAUGAUUUUGUAGGGGAAGAUCAUGAUUCAAGUUCACCAUCUUCAUCAUCAUCAGAUGACGACGACUUGGAUUUAUCAGAUACAGCUAGCACAAGCAAUCCACAUUGGCUGGAGAAGAUAAAAAGAAAUGCUCAGAGAAUUCUUCAGACUUUCAAUUUGUUCCAAACUCCAGUAGACAUAUCUGAGGCUGCACGCAUACGCAAAGAAUAUGAUGAUUCAAGUGCUAAGUUGUCAAAGCUUCAGUCGAGGAUAUCUAAAUUGACAAAGAAAUUGAAACAUGAUUUCGGGCCACAGAAGGAGUUCUAUUCAUUCCAUGGUCAAUGUUUUGAAAUCAAGAAAAACAAGUACACAUAUAAUAUUUGCCCUUUUAAAAAGGCUACCCAAGUUGAGGGCCAUAGCACAAGUCAUCUAGGGAAUUGGGAUAAAUUUGAGGACUCAUACAGAACUAUGAUAUUUACAAAUGGAGAUCAUUGCUGGAAUGGACCCGAUAGGAGUAUAAAGGUGAAACUAAGAUGUGGUUUGAAACAUGAGGUAACUGAAGUAGAUGAGCCCAGCCGGUGCGAAUAUCUUGCAUUUUUAUCUACACCAGCUGUCUGUGUAGAAGAAAAGCUGAAGGAACUCGAAGUUAAACUGAAAAUGCUGAACAGUGAGCUACCACAAGGUCAUGAUGAGCUGUGAAAGAUUUGUUUGUUAUUUUCGUCUUCCUAUUUUUGUAGGACACUGAAAAGCUAAAAGCUACUCCGUACAAGGUUUGACUAAUGCUUGAGGUGAGGAAAAAUAUAAACCAAGAAAAUAGAGAUUUGGUUUAGAUUUCUGUUCCUGACUCGUAAGGGUUGUAACUGUCUAGAGAAAGGAAAAAUAGCCUAAAUUUAGAAGGUUGAGAUAGCCUCAUGAACGAUGUUAGAGAAACACAAGCGACAAUUUAUCAGGUUUUUAUAGAAUAUCAAUAGGGAUAAGGGUCAGAUAGGGCCUCGAACUCGAAAAAAAAUGUCAAAUAAGGUCAUAUUUCGGAUGCUCUGUCUGGCCGACGCCAUUUGGGGAGGUUCUCGAUGAAAUUUUUUAAUGAAAUUUUUUGAGCAUCUUCCUCAUUAAGUCUAGUUUACCCAUACCAAAUUUCAGCUAAAAAUUCAACCGGGAAGGUAGUCAAAUAAUUUUUCAAAAUGUACGGCGUUGUUUAACUUUACAGUUAUCUUCAAAAACUUAUUUGACUACCUUCCCGAUUGAGUUUUUAGCUGAAAUUUGGUAUGGGUAAACUAGACUUAAUGAGGAAGAUGCUCAAAAAAUUUCAUCAAAAACUUCCAUCGGGAACCGCCCCAAAUGGCGUCGGCCAGACAGAGCAUCCAAAAUAUGACCUUAUUUGACAUUUUUUUUCGAGUUCGAGGCCCUAUCUGACCCUUAUCCCAAUAUCAAUAACAUAGAGACAAUAUGGUGGAAAUCCAAAUACAAAUCUAUUUGGAGGCAAAAGAAGUGAAAAUUUAUUUAAUUGCUCGUUUA